AUAUAAACAGUGAGAUUAUUGGAGCAUACGUCGCACCAUCUCUCAUUUAUUCAUCAACCCCCACCUCUUAGUUAAAUCACUCUCUCCCUCUUAAGCUCUUAAAACAACCACCACCCAAACAGGGUAUAAGGUUUUACGAAAAAUGCCAAUAAAAUAGGGGAAUUUCAUGAACUAAAAAAGAGGUAGUAGAUGCAUGAUCAUCAACUACUUCUUAAUUUUUUUUUAUUAUAACAAAUUCUCCUAUAUUUUAGAAAACAUGUAUUUUAGAAAAAGAUAUAUUUUUUCUAUAACUCUACUAGCUAUAUAAUAAUUAAUUCCGGAAAAAUAUAGCUUACGUUCGGCGCCCUUUUCUGCUCUGAUUUUCUCUCGUCAUCUUCGACUGCCCUCUUUUUACAGAUAAAGAAUGGUGAGUUUAAGAAGACGCAGGCUCAUGGGAAUUAGCACAGCUGGUGUGUGGAGUUCUUUUCUCCCUGAACUUACUGUUGAUUAUUCAAAUACUUCAAGUGUGCCUCCCAUUCCUUUUGAUGAUCUCAAUAUACACGUUGAAAAUGUGAAUGAUCAGUCAAAAGAAAUAGAUGCUUCAAAUGUUUCAGAGUCUAGCCAUUCAUAUGGUCAGCAUAAUCAACCUAAUACUACAAUCUUAUCAAAAGAAUCGGAUUUUCAGGACUCUAUAGAACCAGAAGUGAAACGAAGAAAACAACACCGGAGAAGACGGAUAGUUAAUCAAGAGCAAAAUGAAAAGAGAGGUGUUUACUUCAAGAAUAAUAAGUGGCAAGCUGCUAUUAAAGUAGAUAAGAAACAAAUUCAUCUUGGUACUUUCAGUUUGCAAGCAGAUGCUGCCCAUCUAUAUGACAGAGCUGCUUUUAUGUGUGGGAGGGAAACAAAUACAGAGCUCCCGGAAGAGGAGAAGACACAACUUAAAAAGCUCAAGUGGGAUGAAUUCUUGGCCAUCACUCGAAGGGCUAUUAUUAGCAAAAGAGGCAGAAGAGUAUAGGCCAUACAAAAUCGUCGUGCUACGAUUCCGAGUUGUGACCGGGAGAGCGAACAAGCUAAGGAGCGAGCUAAUCAACCAAUAUAUGGAAUUUACGAAGGCCAAAGGCAGAUACAGAUUACAGAACUUACCUAGCUCUUAAAUUCUAACUUCUAAAGGGAUGAUGAAUAGUUUAGACUUUAGACUUUAGACUUAAACGUAUCUUACAUCUUAUACUGAUUGAUAUCUUGGCACUUCACAUUUAAUUGUAAAUACAUUCAAUUUUUUGACGUUUUUUAAUAACCAUUUCAUCGUUUAA